CGCUGCACCUGCAUCCCUGAUCCAAAUCAACACAUGUACCCAAUUGGUGAAGAUGACGCCUGUGACAAGACAGAGGCGGGGUGUCUGCAGAGAGCAGUGGAAGGGAAAGAUGCCUCUGAUGAAGAGGAGGAUGACAGAGGGAUGAGAGAGGAAGGACAGGGCUGCCUGUUGGAGGUGAAGAAGAGCCGACUGCACAGCUGUGGAAAAGGAUGUCAGAGCCAUAUGGGUUCUCAGAGUCACCUGCAUGAUAGAAACUUCAUCAGCACUUUUAAGGACAGCAGGGGGCGCUACAGCCAGAAAGGACCAAACCAAGAGCAGCCAGAGGGAGGCAGCUUUGAAAAAGAAAAGAGGCCUAAAGAAGAGGAGGACAAGAUGAGGCCGGAGGAGAAAGCACGUCUGUCUCUGCUGGAGGACAAACUCACUGAUGCUCUCACACUGCUGCUGCAGCUACGCAACAAGAACGUGUCCCGCAGGACCCUGGGGAAGAUAGUGAUGGAUACUCUGGAUGUGUGCAGGACUGGAGAUGGUCCCUGUCAGGUUCUGCAGGUCGCCGACGCUCUCUGUCUCCGGCUGUCCUCCAGGGAUCUGCUGGGAAUCGGAGGGGAGGAUGAAGGAGGAGAGGGAGAGAAAGGCCUGGUUUCAUCUUCAGGGUGUCAAACCAGCAGCGGAAACCCUCUGCUCAUCUCCUGUUAGAUAAAGAUCUGAUAUUCAACUUUAAAGGUCACCUAUUAUACUGUUUUUCAUCAAUAUAUUAUAGGUCUCA